GUUUCUGCUUUCUGGCAAUCUUCACGGUGGCUCAGUGGUUGCAAGCUAUCCCUAUGAUGACUCUCCCACGCAUAAGCCCACAGGAGUCUACAGUAAAUCAGCUGAUGACGAAGUGUUCAAAUAUUUGGCGAAAGCUUACGCGUCACAUCACCCUAUAAUGAGAACUGGUAAACCCAAUUGCCCUGGCGAGGAGGGAGAGACCUUCCAAGAUGGUAUCACAAACGGUGCCCAGUGGUAUGAUGUAGAAGGUGGGAUGCAGGAUUACAACUACGUGUGGGCCAACUGCUUUGAGAUCACGUUGGAGCUGUCCUGCUGCAAAUAUCCCCCGUCCUCUGAGCUGCAGCAGGAGUGGGAGAAUAACCGGGAGUCUCUCCUUGCUUUCAUUGAGAAGGUCCACAUUGGUGUGAAAGGCUUUGUCAGGGAUGCAGUCACUGGAGCUGGCCUGGAGAACGCGACCAUUGUUGUUGCUGGUAUUGCUCAUAACAUCACAGCAGGCAAAAGUGGCGAUUACCACCGACUGCUUGUGCCUGGGACCUACAACGUGACCGCAGUUGUAAUGGGUUACACACCAGUGACCAGAGAGAACAUCGAGGUGAAGGAGGGAGCUGCAACAGAAGUGGAUUUCUCCUUGCAGCCAACUGUAAUGCCACCGGCUCUUAACGUCACGCAGUUCACAGCAACGCCUGCUCCUGUCUCUACCAUCGCCCCCACCCCUGUGCAGGCAGAGGCCCCAAGCCCAACUUCUCUCCAUCAACCCAUCCAACCUGUGGACUUCCGCCACCAUCACUUUUCAGACAUGGAGAUCUUUCUGCGGCGGUACGCCAGCGAGUACCCCAGCAUAACCCGACUCUACUCUGUGGGCAAGUCGGUGGAGCUGCGGGAGCUCUAUGUAAUGGAGAUCUCAGACAACCCUGGCAUCCAUGAAGCAGGUGAGCCAGAGUUCAAGUACAUCGGCAACAUGCAUGGGAAUGAAGUUGUGGGGCGAGAGCUUCUCCUGAACCUCAUUGAGUACCUCUGCAAGAACUUUGGCACAGAUCCUGAAGUGACUGACUUGGUCCGGAGCACACGGAUCCACAUCAUGCCAUCCAUGAACCCUGAUGGCUAUGAGAAGUCCCAGGAAGGAGACAGAGGAGGUACUGUUGGCAGAAACAACAGCAACAACUAUGACCUGAACCGGAACUUCCCAGAUCAGUUCUUCCAUGUGGCGGACCCUCCACAGCCAGAAACUCUCGCUGUCAUGACCUGGUUAAAGACUUACCCAUUUGUGCUCUCAGCAAACCUGCACGGAGGUUCUCUGGUGGUUAAUUACCCCUUUGAUGAUGAUGAACAAGGAGUAGCCGUAUACAGUAAAUCCCCAGACGAUGCUGUGUUUCAGCAGCUGGCACUUUCCUACUCCAAGGAAAAUGCAAAGAUGUAUCAGGGAAUCCCCUGUAAGGAUAUGUACCCCACCGAGUACUUCCCGCAUGGCAUCACUAAUGGGGCUCAGUGGUACAACGUUCCAGGUGGGAUGCAAGACUGGAAUUACUUACAUACGAACUGCUUUGAAGUGACCAUUGAGUUGGGCUGUGUGAAAUAUCCAAAAGCUGAGGAGCUGCCAAAGUACUGGGAGCAGAACCACCGAUCUCUCCUCCAGUUCAUGAAACAGGUUCACCAUGGCGUCUGGGGAUUUGUGCUGGAUGCUGUGGACGGAAGGGGCAUUCUCAAUGCCACCAUCAGCGUUGCCAACAUCAACCACCCGGUCACCACCUACAGGGAUGGAGACUACUGGCGCCUCUUGGUCCAGGGGACGUACAAAAUCACAGCAUCUGCCCGAGGGUAUGAUCCGGUCACUAAGACGGUGGAAGUUGGCAGCAAAGGUGGGGUGCAGGUCAACUUCACUCUUUCACGGACAGACGUCAAAGUGGAGGAGGGGAAGGUGCCGGUCCUGAACACCCCAGACACCAGCGACCCCAAUGAGAAAGAAUUUGAGACCCUGAUCAAAGAUCUGUCUGCUGAGAAUGGUCUGGAGCGCCUCCUGCUCGCCUCCCCGAGGGAUGUCUCUCCUUAUCGAUACCGCCCUUACAAGGACCUCUCGGAGUUCCUCCGAGGCCUCUAUCUGAACUACCCGGAGAUCACAAAUCUCACCAGUUUGGGUCAGAGCGUCGAAUUCCGUCAGAUCUGGUCCCUCGAAAUCUCCAACAAGCCCAACCAGUCCGAGCCUGAGGAGCCAAAGAUCCGCUUUGUUGCUGGUAUUCAUGGAAACGCUCCUGUUGGUACAGAGCUGCUCCUGGCACUGGCAGAAUUUCUUUGCAUGAACUACAAGAAGAACGCUGGUGUUACAAAGCUGAUUAACCGAACACGGAUUGUGAUUGUGCCUUCCCUGAAUCCAGACGGACGUGAGAUAGCGCAGGAGAGAGGCUGCACAUCGAAGAUAGGCCAGACUAACGCUCAUGGCAGAGAUCUGGACACAGACUUUGCAAGCAAUUACUCCCGGUACUUGGGGACACAAGAGCCUGAGACCAAAGCCAUCAUAGAGAGCUUGAUAUUGAAGCAGGAUUUCAGCCUCUCUGUUGCGCUAGAUGGAGGAUCUCUGCUUGUCACUUACCCGUACGAUAAGCCAGCGCAGACAGUGGAGAACAAAGAAACACUAAAGCAUUUGGCAUCUCUGUAUGCCAACAACCAUCCGCUGAUGCAUUUGGGCCAGCCAGGCUGUCCAAAUAAGUCAGAUGAGAAUAUUCCAGGCGGUGUGAUCCGUGGCUCUGAAUGGCACAGUCACUUGGGAAGUAUGAAGGAUUUCAGUGUUACUUUUGGUCAGUGUCCUGAGAUCACUGUUUACACCAGCUGCUGUUACUUCCCGAGUGCAGGGCAGCUCCCCGGCCUGUGGGCAGACCACAGGAAAUCUCUCCUUAGCAUGCUCGUGGAGGUUCAUAAGGGCGUCCAUGGGUUUGUCCAAGACAAGAGUGGCAAGGCAAUUUCUAAAGCUACCAUUGUUGUUAAUGAAGGUUUGAAGGUCUAUACUAAAGAAGGUGGCUAUUUCCAUGUGCUGUUGGCUCCAGGUUUGCAUAACAUUGAUGCGAUAGCUGACGGGUACCAGCAGAAACAUGUCAAGGUCUUUGUACGUCACGAUGCACCCAGCUCUGUGUUCAUUGUAUUUGACACAGAAAACAGGAUAUUUGGUCUGCCAAGGGAGCUGGUUGUAACUGUUGCAGGUGCAAGUAUGUCUGCUCUGGUCCUCACCGCCUGUAUCAUCUGGUGUGUCUGCUCAAUUAAGUCCAACAGACACAAGGAUGGCUUCCACCGCCUCCGACAGCACCACGAUGAUUAUGAGGACGAAAUCCGCAUGAUGUCCACCGGCUCAAAGAAGUCCCUCCUGAGCCAUGAAUUCCAGGAUGAAACAGACACUGAAGAAGAAACAUUGUACUCCAGCAAACACUGACACCUCCCGGGCAGGAAAGGAGGUUCCCAUGGACCAGACCUGGUGGCAGGGGGGGCGAUCCCUGUGGUUCAGUUUUGAAACAUUAACUUGCAGGAUGUGUCCUUCAGCGUGGGUGGCAGCUCCCAACUUCCCUCUACUAUUUGCCCUGUUCCUAUGUACAUGCAAAUCAGUGGGUGUUGGAGGCUGUGUGUGGGCUAAGGACACGGCUUGUUUCAUUUUUGGGUCAAGAUCUGGAUGUCCACGUGACAUUGUUUGAAAGGCAACUUAACAGGGUGGCCAGCAGAGUUCCUAGCACUUGCCCAGCAUCUCAGCACAGUGAGCAGAUGGUGGGGAAGUGCCCCAAGACCUGCAUGGGGUCGUAGUUACAACACUCCAAAGCAGUUUACCUGUUUUGAUUUCAUGUUUUCCACUCUGUACUUGAGGGAAGCCAGAUCCUUCACUUGACUCCACAUUCUGCGGAGCAGCCCUUGG